UGUGGUUCCUGUGAAAAUAAACAUUGCAUUGGCAGUUGCCACUGACAUUGAAGGCUCAUUUAAUAUUUGUAAAAUAACAUAUUUAGAUCGGAGUAUUCAAUGAUAUUUAAGUACGAAUAAGUUUAGAAAAUCGGUUUAAAUUUUAUCAUUCUAAUAGAUAUCCAGAAUCAAAAGAAAAUAUAUAAUUCAUAUAAUCAAUACUAACAUUUUUAACAAUGACCGACGAGUAUGCCGCAGUCAAACGUGGAAAAUUAGUUUUAAAAGGAGAUAAACCAAAAGCAAAGAAACGUAAACAUAAAAAUAAGGAUCAAAGUGAAGGUUCGAAAAUUGAUGAAGACUGUGUAAAGCAUGGUAAUUGGUGGAAAGUGGAAAAAAUAGAAGAUGUAACUGGACCCAUAUCAAUAGAAUUUGGAAAAAACUCAUACAUAUCUGCUCUAGAUAAUGGUUUAUUUACAUUAGGUGCUCCACAUAAUGAAGGGGAGGGUCCGUCCCCUGAGGAAAUAUUUACUGCAUUUCCAGCUGGUGAUAAUAAAUUUGCUCUUAAAUCUGGUUAUGGGAAGUACCUGGGUGUGUCUAAGAAUGGUGUUGUCACUGGAAGAUCUGAUGCUGUUGGCCCAAUGGAACAAUGGGAGCCCGUUUGGCAAGAUGGUAAAACAGCAAUAUUAAGUUCAGUAAACAAAUUCAUGUCGGUAAACCCCGAAGAUGAUUCAGUAGUGACAGACAGUGUCACAGCUGGAGAACAUGAAUUUUGUAACAUUCGUUCCAACAGAAGUAGGGAAGUUAAGAAAGUUGUUGUGCCUGAAGAGGAAGGUGACUUAGCUGAAGUUGAAGUAAAUUAUGUAAAGAAGUUUCAGAAGUUCCAGGACAAGAAAUUGCGCGUAAAUGACUCUGGUGUUAUUGAGUUGAAAAGAGCUAAAGUGGAUGGUAAUUUGCAUGAGACUUUAUUAGAUCGAAGAAGUAAAAUGAAAGCUGACAGAUAUUGUAAAUAAUUAUGGAUAUAGUGUACAGAUAUUAUAUGAAUAAAAAUUUAUGAUAG